CGAGCGGCGCGCUCGCUGCCGGCACCAUUGCGUCCCCGUGGAGCACGGCCGCCGGCGCGCCCGACACCAAUGGCUCGGGCGGCGCCGACGCCAAGCACCUCGACGUUGGGGAUGCCAGCGACGAUGAAAAGGACAUGUCGGCCGCGGACGCGGAGGGAGUAUGGAGUCCAGACAUCGAACAGAGCUUCCAGGAGGCGCUGGCGAUAUACCCGCCGUGCGGCCGCCGCAAGAUCAUCCUAUCCGACGAGGGCAAGAUGUACGGAAGGAACGAGUUAAUAGCGAGGUAUAUCAAACUGAGGACGGGCAAGACGCGCACGAGAAAGCAAGUCUCGUCACACAUACAGGUGCUAGCUAGGCGGAAAUUACGCGAAAUACAAGCCAAACUCAAGGUGGACGGUGGUGUGAUGAAGGAAAAGGCCAUGCAGUCAAUGAGCACGCUAUCUAGUGCACAGAUCGUUGCAGGUUUACCUCACCCAGCGUACCACCAUACGCAAUUUUGGCAACCAGGUCUGCAGGCCGGUACGUCUCAAGAUUAUUCAGCUUUGUUUCCUCCACAUGCUAAUGCUCAUCACACUAUGCAGCCGUGUUCUAUCACAGCUGCAUGGUGUGAUACUGUGGCGGAUUCCGGUGUCCGGCAGCCGUUCCCUGGGCACGGGCGCGCCAUCGCCACGCACAAGCUCAGGCUCGUCGAGUUCUCCGCCUUCGUCGAGCAUCCGCGCGACCCUGACACGUAUCCGCCGAGUACGGCGCCAGUUCAACACUUAUUUGUGCACAUAGGCGGAACUGUGACAUACGCAGAUCCGUUAUUAGAGUCGGUAGAUGUUCAGCAGAUUAAUGAUAAGUUCCCGGAGAAGAAGGGUGGUCUCAAAGAGUUGUACGAGAAGGGCCCGAGGAACGCGUUCUUCCUGGUCAAGUUCUGGGCGGACCUCAACACGAAUAACCUGGACGAUCCAGGCGCGUUCUACGGAGUCACCAGUGUAUACGAAAGCAACGAGAACAUGACAAUAACAUGCAGCACGAAAGUGUGUUCGUUCGGCAAACAAGUCGUGGAGAAGGUGGAGACGGAGUACGCGCGGUUCGAGGGCGGCCGCUUCGUGUACCGCAUCCACAGGUCGCCCAUGUGCGAGUACAUGGUCAACUUCAUCCACAAACUCAAACACCUGCCCGAGAAGUACAUGAUGAACAGCGUCUUGGAAAACUUCACAAUACUGCAGGUGGUGUCAAACAGAGACACUCAAGAGACGCUGUUGUGCGCGGCGUUCGUGUUCGAGGUCUCCAACAGCGAACACGGCGCGCAGCACCACAUCUACAGGCUCGUCAAGGAUUGAACCCGCACCACCACACCACACCACACCCACUGGACUGCGCCGGACAGAGACGAUACAACAAAACAAUUACUGGAUAGGUAUUUGUUGACAAUAUCGAAGUUUUGAAUUGCAACAACAAGGGACGUUAACCGUCAUAUGUUCGAAAUUUUGAAUUUGGAAUAAAUGUGUGGGGACCCUGAAUAUAAACUCGAGUGAAGUUAGCAACACAAUUACCAUUGUAGGUAAUCUUGAUACUUUACCUGCUUGGAUGAGAUGUGGGUGAUGCAGGCAAAUUGACAAUGUGUGAUGGUGAAAUAUACUAGAUGUGAAAUCGAUAAGGCUCUGGAUUAUCAACAACACCAUUGAGGAAUAUCCUUAUAAACGAAAGGAAAUGCCUGUUCGUCUUCAUCUUGGUAUUUGUCAAGUGAAAAGUGGCUCCAAAUUGAGUAUAAGUGUAUACACACUAUACAUAUUUUUGUAACGUCUCGUCUCUCGCAGUUUGGAUGUUGCGCAAGUUUGUUCUCACGUUAUUUUCAUCCGCACGUAGUAACUUUAUCGACAGAUAAAGAACGUUUGUUAUCGACAUAGUGACGAGAACGUAAUAUAGAAAAAUGUGAUCUGAAAAUUACGCCACAAGUAUUUUUGUAACUGAAUGUUUAAUGUAUAGCUCAAUUUUGAAUAACCUAUCGUAGUGAACUGAUUAUGUUCUUUCGGAUUAGUCAUGUUAUUGUUUUAGAUUUUUUUUUCAUAUUGUUUUUUUUUUAUUUCCUCAUAAAUCGUUCCCUUUUUACUCAUUUUUAGUAUUUAUGUUUUCUUUUAAGAAAACAAGGAAGUAACAAUAAUUAAAGUUUUUACAUUAUUCAUAAAAAUAUGAACGUUGUUCAAUAUACAUAAAUUGCGUGUAAAAUAAUGUCAAAUAAGAAAAUAUAGAAUUGAAUACACACAGUGCCUCUAUAAUUAUGUUACAUUAACAUAAAUUGAGCGUAUUUAGUCUUUCCACUGUGUUUCAAUCAAAUUGUUUGACAGGGAAGGCGGCAGUGGAAAGAUUAAACAUUAGUGUAGUGUACCGUGAAACAUAAAUAGUUUUAAUAAGUAUAUUAUUGUAAGGAGAUGUCUUCUAUCUUUAUAGUCCAUCCUGUUGGAACUGUUUUAUUCGCUUGUUAACUUUCUCUAAACCAGUCCAAACUCGAACUGUC